CUGGAGGUAAAUUUAAAUAAGACACUCGGGCUUAGUAUUGGUGUUGCAGUAGACACCUAAGGAUUGAUAGUCCUAUUUUACCUGGCAAAUCUCACCCGCAUACUACUUGAGCUGUCUUAAUAUGCAAAACAUGGCUUUUUCAACCGUUUGAAUUUAAAUGUGUAGUCCGAUUUGAGCAAAAUCAUUUCUUUGUAUUCUAUACAUCAAAAUCAGAUCACCUCUUUCUGAAAUAGAACAAAGUAAAAGAAUCUAUCUUCUCAUACACAGAGUGGCUUGAAAAGCUAGACUUCUUUACUCUUUUCUGCCGCUGAUCAAGAGGUCUGAUUUUUGUGUACACUUAGGAAUGGUUUUGGACCUGCUAUAUCUUUUUUUCUUCCUACGGGAUUAGGAAAACUUAGAAGAUAUAAAAGGCGAGUAUGAUAACCAAGAAUGGACGAAAUAAUCGCAGAAUACAGGUUUUCAGAAUGAAGUGUCCGCCCCUACGAUUGACUCACAACAAAAGACUAGACACUAAAAAGUUUACUAGAAAAAGACUAAGAGACCGCAUGCUUUCCGUCCUAGUAGCAAAAAUCUGGAGCUGAACCAGUGAAACUAUGAUGUGAUCAAUAUAUUUGUUUUCGAACUAACACAGCUAAAUUUCGUUUAAGUGGCUGACACCAGCUUUUUACAUCGGUUUACAGUAAAUGCUUCACGAGUUAGAUUUAAUCCUUCCCACAUCCUAAAAGCACUCAUAUACAAGCACUUAAGAUUAUUCUCGCUUCCAAAACUCAAUAUAGGUCAAGUUUUGAAGAAUACAUGUACCGGUUCAGCUGAGUUCAAAGUGCUAACGCUUAAGCAUGAGUCAAUCUGCCAUCGAUAGUUCAAAGUUGAUGUGAAAAUAGGUUGUAAAGUUGUUAUUUCAUCCUGAAAAGGUCUCGUAGCAUGCACAUCCUUCGUUUAAUAUACAAGAAAACAUCCACGAUAGUACUUUUCCUACAUGCUUUUUCCAGAAAACUUGAUGUAACUGUAUACAUACUCUACUCUAGUUUCGUGUUGCCAUAAAUUACGCGUAACCUCACCAUUCUGCAAGUAACGAGAACGUUUGGUGGUCAUUCAUUUGUUUUUAAUACACAUUGUCAAUACAAAACUGAUUAACCACUAAGAAGGAUUUGGGUAUGGAAAUUUAACUUGUCUAUAUUGAUAGAUUAUCUCAAAUACUUAAGUUUUGUGUUAAGUAUCGAGGCCCAGUGUAAAAUUACUAGAACUAGAUUGUUAAGCACGACCUAUGUCUUCAGGUAGUUCAGAAGUUUCGAUAAUGUGUCAUCUGUAAAUACAACAGAACUUCGCUAGUAUUCUCAUUAUUUAAGCCUCUCAAUAUCUUAAAAAUGUUUACUAGCAAAUCUAAUGUUUUUUGUGUCUAGUAAAGGAUCUUAUGUUAUGUUCUUUUCUUAUAUUGGAUUCUUUUAUCAUCUAAGUUAACCAUCAUUAAUAAUCCUGUUCACAUUUCCAUAAGCCUUUAUAAUGAAAUCCAAAUUUUCAGUUAGGAACCGGGUUUUACACGACAUGGUUCGUCUCCUGGAAAAUAUUAUCGUUGUCACAGAACAUGAAGGUAUGACAAAAAGUCUGGUCACUUUUGUCGAACAGUUUAAAAAUUCCAGUAUUAUUAUGCAGUUGGAUCCUGCCAAACUCAUGGAAGAACAGUUUAUUGCAGGAUUUUGUCGACGAGGAGUUGUUACAGUUCUGCCCAUAAAAACAUUACCAGAGUUUGAUCUUUCUAUUCAAAAGUCUAUUUUAACUCUGGACAUGUCUCCAGUUGUGUACUCUGGUUUUGGAUUGUCCGCCAAAAAAGUUAAACAAGAAAAGAAGAAAUUUUUCUAUCGAUUUCAAGUUGAUUUAAAAAGUUCACAGUUUCAGCGAAAUGGACCAGUACAUACACGUCUUCGAUCAUUUUUCAAGGCUUUCACUAACCCUCUAGAAUUGGGCACUCGUAUCCCUCGAUGCCUUGGAAAUCUUGGUCCUUUCUUUGUUGAUUGGUUACCAGAUUCCUCAGUUACACAAAUAAAUGAAUUCCCUAAAAGUGAAUCCAUUGCUUCAUAUUUAAAUGACAAAGAACAUCUGGUGAUCCGACCACAAUGUGAGGUGUUUAACUACAGUGGAUCACCUAUACUAAUACCAGAAUUAAUUUCAUGGAACAAACUGCCUCUAAAACAAGAAGAAAAAUCAUGCACAUUCACAGAAACAGAAAAAACGUCAGAUUUUUUAAAUAUUGUAAAUAUUCGCUUAGGAUUAACAGUUUUAUCUUAUUUAGCAGCUGGAAUUUCAUUUCCUGAUUCAGCUAUUUCAAAUCGUGUUCCAAGUGAUAAUCCAUGCCUAACCAAUGCAAGUCUGUCACCAAUUUAUACACAAACUAUAGAUGAAAUUCUCUUACCUGUCUAUAAGCUGGAAAAACUGAACAUUAUAUAUCUAUCAGGUUUAUUUCCGGAUUGUUGUUACGAUGAACUGGAGGAUAAAAUAAAAUCAAUGUUAGCAGAAAGUCAACGUGGGAAUGAAUUAGUUUACAUGCGCAGAUGUCCACUAAAAGUUACCACCGAUUUAGUACAAUCAUUAAAACAGUCUGUUGAUUACUUAGGAACUCUAUUUUUAACUGGUAGAAAACCUGUUUCAGAUUCACAAGGACCACCACUUAUUAAAAUUCAAUUUUAACAUUUUAUUUUUCCAUUUGCAUGUACAUUUUUGACGUUAUUGGUAAUAUAUAUUCUUAAAUUAU